GUAGAAAGCAGCCCUGGGGGAAACACAUCAGCACGUUUCUGUCCCCGAUUGCCUCAGAAGAAGCUGGCGCACCAGCUUGGUUGCCAUGGCGACAGAUGCAGAUUUGAAGCCCUUUGAUGUGCAGUAAACAAAGAGCUACACUGUUUUUGCUGUCGGCUAAUCUUCGCUAAUGUGCACAAACCUUGAACAAGCUUUGUGACGUGGCCACAGAGGUGUGAAAGGCACGGAUGGAUGAGAAUAUCUCACUCACUUGCAUGUGGGCGUCCGUCUGUGUGAGUGUCUUCGGCUGCCACGCUGGCCCUGUCCAUCUUAAAGCCAUUACAAUCAGCUGAAGAUGGAUGGAUCUGCCUGUAGGACACGGUGACACUCUCUGCUGUUAGUUAGGCAACACAUCAAACGAGAGUCUCCAUCACACCAGAUCUUGGCUUCCGUCUCCAUCUUUUCUGCAGCUCUCGCCAGAUUCUUGAGGGCUGUAGGCGCCAUGUGUCCUUCAAGGCAAACGAGGACAGACACCAGGCAGCGUGUCCUGCCCCUCUUCCUGCUCAGAUGCGCACAGGAACGCGGUGUUGACUUGAUUUAUUCCAAGCGAGUCUUUUGGCACAGGUGUCCUGUGUGCGAAUGUCACCCUGCAUCAGCUAAUUAGAUUAUUAUUCUACUAUAUAUAUAUAUAUGUUUUUUAAUGGGAAUUCCUGAUGUUAGUUCAGCAUAAUGACAAACACGCUCGGAGAGGAUUAUCAUAUCACUUAUUACUCGUGUAUGAAGACGCACAUGCGCAAUCGGCUGCGCCCCCUUCUCGCGCCAACUGAGCCCAAUCUUAAAACCAGGAGCCGCCGCAGACAGAUGAUCCGUUUUUACUUGAGAGGACAGAUCGGUCUCAGUCUGACACACACUCUGCAGGAACAGCGUCACCGCGCCGGGGGGAAGAAAAACAAACAAACUGUGCUCAUCCUUUCAGUUUUGUGGCGAAGGAGAAGUUCAUCAUCAUCAUCAUCAUCAUCAUCAUCAUCAUCAUCUUCUUCUUCUUCAGCUGCUUCCUGCUCCUGAAGCGUCUCCCAGCGUGACCAGUGGGAUUAGGAUGAAAAGGUGAAAGUUGGGUCUGUUUUUUUUAGGGGAGGUGAAUCAGCGGUUCUUAACAUGCGCUAAUCCGGACCACGGCCAGAGGGAUGUAAGGGACACACAGUUGGUCAAGUUUGAAACGUCAAAAAAAAACCUUCCAGAGAGACGGAUUUCAGCAGAGAGGAUGCGUGUAGCCUGGAUAUUUCUCCUAUUCAUUGAGGAGGGAUUUACUCUGGCACAAAAGACCAAAGAUGGAGGCGCAGGAUCAAAAGGGGUCAAACCGUCUCAGCGGCCGCAGCAUUCUCGUCACUGUGGAAACUGGGUACGAAACACAGAUGGUGGCAGCUUCAGCUCCCCAAACUACCCGCGUACGUACCCUCCCAACAAGGAGUGCCUGUACGUACUGGAAGCUCUGCCCCGCCAGAGGAUAGAGCUGCUGUUCGAUGAGACCUUCUACAUCGAGGCCUCGUUCGAGUGUCGCUUCGACCACAUCGAGGUGCGCGACGGCCCCUUCAGCUUCUCGCCGCUCAUCAAUCGCUUCUGCGGCUCUGCGACACCGGGGCUCGUCCUCUCCAGCGGACGCUUCAUGUGGAUCCGCUUCUUCAGCGAUGAAGAGCUGGAGGGGAUCGGCUUCCGGGUUCAGUACAGCUUCACCGCAGACCCUGAAUUUCAUCUGCAUAUUGGGGGACUCUUAAACCCUAUCCCAGAUUGUCAGUUUGAGCUGUCCGGGGCAGACGGCCUGAUCCGCUCCAGUCAGGUAGAGGAGGAGUAUAAAGUGAAGCCCGACCAGGCGGUGGACUGCAUCUGGACCAUACGAGCCCCACCAAACAACAGGAUUUACCUGCGAUUCUUGGAAUACCAGAUGGAAAACUCAAAUGAGUGUAAGAAGAACUUUGUGGCUGUUUAUGAUGGCAGUAAUGCCAUUGAGGACCUGAAGGCCAAGUUUUGUAGUACAGUAGCUAAUGACAUCAUGCUGGACACCGGUGUGGGAGUGGUGAGGAUGUGGGCUGAUGAGACGAGCCGUCUCAGCCGCUUUCGGAUGCUCUUCACCAUAUUUGCAGACCCUCCCUGUUCGAGCAGCGCAUUCUUCUGCCACAGCAACAUGUGCAUCAACACUUCUCUGGUGUGCAACGGCAUACAGAACUGUGUCUUCCCCUGGGAUGAAAGCAACUGCAAAGAGAAAAAGAGCAAAGGUAUCUUUCACCAGAUUACAAAGACUCACGGGACAGUAAUCUGCGUGUCUACGGGAGUGGUGCUGCUGCUGCUCAUCAUCUCCAUCCUGGUACAGGUCAAACAGCCUCGAAAAAAGGUGUUGGUACGUAAGAAUAACCUGUUCCAACGAGGCGACCUGCAGGAGGUGUUUGACCCUCCGCACUACGAGCUCUUUACGCUCAGGGACAAGGAGAUGUCUGGGGACCUCGGGGAGUUAUCAGAGGAACUUCAGUCCCUGCAGGCGCUCAGACGAUCCUCAUCGGGCUCACGAUGCAUUCACGAACACCACUGUGGCUCCCAGGUUUCUGUCAACUCCCUCAAAGCCAGCCAAGGUGCGCACGGCCUGGGCAGGGGAUCCAUGGAGCUUCCCUCUUUCAGAGGAGACUUCCAGAGCAGCUUACCCCCCCUCGGGGACUUGAGCAGCAGCCUGCGGAAAAAGAGCUGGCCUAGCAUGAAACCUGGUCGAAUGCAGGGCCAUCAUGUGAUGGGAGAUAGAGUAAUGGGGCGGCAGGAUAGAGUAAUGGAAGAGGAUGAAGAGGAUGACGAAGAUGGAAGGUAUGAUGUGUAUGUACGCAGAGGAGGAAGUCGACGAGGGAACUUUGAAAUGGCCCAGCAAAGAUCCUUGUCCAUGGACUUCUGAGAAGGAAAGACAAGGUUAACACGUUGCGCAGAAACAACUUUUCGAUCAGUGUCGAACUUUGGGGGCAGAACUUUUAAUUCAACACCACAGAGAGGACGUUUCAUCCUCUGCUCGCCUCCUUCUCCGUGAGGUUGGGAAACACAGUCUGUUACAGAGCAGUGCUCCAGCAGCUGCAGCACUGCCAACUCUGCUCAGAUGGUGUAUCUGAUGGUGUUGUUCCCUAGAAAUUCAUAAUUAAUGUCGCCCCAGGAACAUCGUAUCAAAACACAAAACAGCAGCACAUCUGGAGUGAAAUGUCGUAGCUGAGUGGGUUAAAUAUUAAAAAAGUCUUGGCUUUGUGAUCCGUUUGGAACAUGUGGUUUUAUUUUUGAGUUGAUUUUCAGUUUCUUUUCAGUUUCGGGUCACUGUUUCGUGAGCUCCAGACAACAAAAAUACUUGGUUGGGUUUGUGGUUUGGGGAAAAAUACACCCUGUGAAAACGUUUGACUUGUGGAAAAGAGGAUGCCUUUUCCCACAUGUGUACUUCUCCCUCCUCAUUUCCUCUCUUUUCUUCGCUGAGUCAUCAAACUUUGAGAUUAUAAAAACGUGAUUGGUCAGUUAUGAUGACGGUCCUGGAGCAGCAAUCAUUAUAAAGCUCCAGGAACAACACCGGCAUGGCAAUCAUGCCCACCCAGACACUGAAACUACUGACAGGAAGCUGUUAUCAAAUGUGUGAUCAGUGUUAAAGGGAAGAUGGACGAUGAUGCUGUGUAUUGUUCUUGUCAUCAGUAUAUUUUGUUAAAUACAUUGUACUGUAAAGCCAGUAGAUUUUAUUGAAAUAUGUUCUCAGUCAGUGUUUUGGGAUGUUUUAGAAGAAAGAGUGACUACAUUUUAUGCAAACAAUGAAAAUAAUCUUCCCACAGUUAAUGUGAGAUCUGUCAUUACCUGUAUUAAAGAAUAAACAAAAAGACAUUUCUGCACCGUUA